UGACUUAACAGACAUCACGUCACACGUCUCCUUCUCCAACAAAACAACUUUCCAGAGUGCGGCCUUAUUAAACCAAUUUGACUCAUUGAGUAUUGAUAUAGCGCCACAAUUUGCACUGUGCCACCGCGGUGCGUUCGAUCCGUAAAGCGGGGACACGUGUUGCUGGGCGAUGAAUGUCCGCAAGGGGCUCGAACCUUCCUCAGGUAGGACGGGCUCGUCAAAGGCGAAUCAUCUGAGCGUUUAGUGUGGAUUCAGCUGGGAUUCUUUUUUUCUCGGAUAACUUUUUUUUUUGGAAAACGUGGGUAGGGAAUGUUCGACGAAAGCUCAUCGGUUUCCUGCACCAGUACCUGUGAAACUCCGGCAGAAUAUCACAUGCAGAGUCGCAGCGGCCUCCUGCCAAGCCUUUUCGGGAUCAUCUGCGUUCUGGGCAUCGUCGGCAAUUCCGUCGUGGUCUUCAGCAUCGUGAGGAAGAGCGAGUUCCGCGCCCGGCCCACGGUGCCGCACAUCUUCAUCCUCAGCCUGUCCGUGGCGGACUUGCUCUUCCUCCUGGGAAUGCCCUUCCUCAUCCACCAGCUGCUGGGCAACGGCUCCUGGCGCUUCGGAGCCACCAUGUGCACCAUCAUCACCGCGCUCGACUCCAACAGCCAGAUGGUGAGCACCUACAUCCUCACGGUCAUGACGCUGGACCGCUACCUGGCCACCGUGCACCCCAUCCGCUUCGGCUACGUGCGCACGCCUCGCGUCGCCGCGGUGGCCGUCGGCCUCGUGUGGCUCCUGUCGCCGCUCACCAUAGCCCCCGUGUGGAUGUACGCGGGCCUCAUGCCCCUGCACGAUGGCUCGGUAGGCUGCGCCCUGCUGCUGCCCGACCCGGCGCGGGACACCUACUGGUUCACGCUCUAUCAGUUCGUGCUGGCCUUCGCUCUCCCGCUGGGGAUCAUCUGCGCUGCCUUCUCCGGAAUCCUCCGCAGCAUGUGGUCCAGCGUGGCGCCGGCACCCCAGCGGAGCCUGAGGGCGCGCACCAGGAAGGUGACCCGCACAGCUGUGGCCAUCUGCCUGGCCUUCUUCAUCUGCUGGGCACCCUACUACAGCCUGCAGCUGGCCCACCUGGGUGUGCAGCGGCCUGGAUAUGCCUUCCUGUACGCCUACAACGUCGCCAUCAGCUUGGGCUACGCCAGCAGCUGCGUCAACCCCUUUCUGUAUAUCCUCCUAAGCGAGACGUUCAAGAGGCGCUUUGCGUCGGCGGCCCGAGCGGCCCGCCGAGACGCAAGGGUCCACCCCGGAGCUGCCGACGGCAGCGCGAGUCUGCGGCUUGCUCCUGAAGCCACGCAACAGUUCCGGUCCCCCAGGGAGUUUCUUCACCGCAUGCUUCCUGUCACCGUGGCCGUGCGCUGAGCGCCCUUCUCCGCGUGGCUUUUCGGCGGAACGCCCUACGUACGCGAAGAGUCACAAGUUUCGCGGGAAAACAGCAGUGGAUUCUGGGUUCAUAUCCCAUAAAGUCAAAUCCAUGCGUAAAUCUGAAAUCCCAGGAGCCCACGAAAGCAGUUUAAAGAAACGGUUAUGUCGUCGUCGUGGGUGUUGCUACGUGCUGCUCGGUCUGUAACGCACCGUGCGCUUUAACUGCGAAGGAACAAUUUAUUGUUAAUUUCACAUUUUUGCAAUGGAAAAUUGUCAGAUGAGUGCUGCUUUCAGGCUUGAAUUCUGUCUCAUUGUGACUGGAUUAGUCCACGAUGUGCAAUGUUCCGCUGAGCCCAAUACAGAGAAGCAGAAGGCGAAUUUCAAUAUUCGAAUGUUGCAGAAGUUCAUGCUCAACAUUCGUUAGAUUACCGUCACCGUCGUUAUAAUCAUCGCCACAGAAACUGCGAUAUCCUGCGCCACCUUUGUUUUGUUAAUGUGAAAUAAAGAUAAAGC